CCCCGGCACGCCUCGCGGUGCGGCCGGGCCACCCGCCGCCAGGGGCCGGCUCGCGGCACACCGGGUCGCUCGUUGCCGAGGCCCCGCCAACCCUCGCAGCUCCGCAGGGUUCCGGUCUUGCGGCGGCGGGUACGAGCGGGCACUUCCUCACCCCCGUGGGGCUUCCCGGCCGCACUGGGGACCGAGAGGCUCCGAGCCGGCCGCGCCUUCGGAACUGGAAUCGGGGAGCCUGGCGGGCCGGGAGCCGGGUAUAACAAGGAUACUGUAGCGCUGAACUGGCCAAUUCAACUGGUCUUGAGGUAUCUGCAUUUUUUUCCUACCCUACCACAGACUUCUUUGGUGAAGCGGUUGUGAAAUGUGAAGUGCAAUAGCUUCUGGCUGGGUUUGUGAGCUAGUUCAGCUGUGCUUCUUUAAAAUAAGGAUCAAUGGGUGUAUAUGACUUCUCACCUCAUCUAAAGUGGUUCCAUGUCUUGUUUGGACUGUUCCUGUAUUCUACGUACACCAGUUGAGUCAAUCAGACCAGAAAAGCAAUCUCAGAGCAGCAGCCAUGAAUCCCUGGCUGAUUCUGAGCUAGCCUGGAUUCCCCCAUCUAAAGGAGGGAAUGAAACGAUAUUUUGCUCUUCCAACGUCUCUCACUAUGAACUCCAGGUGGAAAUAGGAAGGAGAUUCAACAACUUAACUUCAGUCUACCUUGCACGGCAUACCCCUACAGGCACACAAGUUGCCAUAAGGAUCACAGACCUAGAAAGCUGCUCAGAAGAGCAUUUGAAAGCCUUACAGAAUGAGGUGGUUUUAUCCCACUUUUUCCAGCAUCCCAACAUAAUGACACUUUGGACAGUGUUUACAGCUGGUAGUUGGCUUUGGGUCAUUUCUCCAUUCAUGGCCUAUGGUUCUGCUAGACACCUGCUGAAGACUUACUUUCCUGAAGGAAUGAGUGAAGCUUUGAUAGGGAACAUCCUGUUUGGUGCAAUCAGAGGAUUAAAUUACAUGCACCAGAACGGCUACAUUCACAGGAAUAUUAAAGCUAGCCACAUUCUGAUUUCAGGGGAUGGACUGGUUUCUCUCUCUGGCUUAAACAACCUCUACAGUUUAGUUAACAAUGGACAAAAGUCAAAGGUGGUGUAUGACUUUCCUCAGUUUAGUACAUCUGUACUUCCUUGGCUGAGCCCUGAGCUACUGAGACAGGAUUUGUCUGGGUAUAAUAUGAAGUCUGACAUCUACAGUGUGGGAAUAACAGCAUGUGAAUUAGCCAAUGGACAUGUUCCAUUUCAAGAUAUGCCUCGCACUCAGAUGCUGCUGCAGAAGCUGAAAGGUCCCACAUGCUAUCCCUGGGAUAUAAAUGCCUUCCCCCAUGGGGAAUCCAGAAUGAAGAAUUCCCAAUCAGGUGUUGAUUCUGGAAUUAGUGAGAGUCUGACACGCACAAUGACGAGCGAAAGACUACAAAGUCCUGUUUCCAAAACAUUUUCCCCUGCAUUCUACAACUUGGUAGAACUUUGCUUGCAACAGGAUCCUGAGAAAAGGCCAUCAGCAAGCAGUUUGCUUUCUCAUACGUUCUUCAAACAGGUAAAAGAACAAACACAGAACUCGCUCCUGUCCCUAUUACCGCCCCCUGUUCAAAACAACAGAUCAGAGUUCUUGACGCUGCCCUCGGCAGCAGCUGAGGCUGAACCUGGACGUAUUGCUGCAACUCAACAUGAUACAGCCUGGGAAUUCUAAGUAGAUACCAAACGAUCAUACCUCUCUUGUGCUUCAAAGAAGGAAAAUGUGAUUUCUACUUGCUGCUUUAGUUUGUAUGGUUAAAAUACGGUUAGACACUGUACACUUGAAAAUGCAGUUAAAGUGGCCAUAUUCCAUUAACUUCAUCAUAUGUUUGCAUCAGGAAGUGCAGUAUGCCUCAUUUUGUCAGAUCUCAAGCAAAACUGCAUGUAGGAGAUAAGAAUUCAAUUGUUCUCCUCUUUUGAAAUAUUUAACGUGAGGGUUCCUGCUGUAUCUUUACUUUUUACUGCACUUUUUAAGCUCAUAUUACUGCAGUCCAAGUGCCUUUCUGAAUUCAGGCUUUGUCUUUUGUCUACAGCUUUUCUUCAGUAAUCUAUUUAUCUUUCAUUGUUGCCUAAAUUAUCUUAGUGAAGAGUAAUGUUCCAUUUUCAAGCCUAAAUUUGAAACUGCAGAAAUGAAUUUCUUAUACAAAUCGUGUUUCUUUUUCCUGCCUCUCAGAAGGUGUGUUGGCCAGUUGACAUGCUGUCAGUGUUUGCCCUGAAUUAGCUAGCAAGACUUUCCUGCAGUUUCAAUACUGCAUGUUGACCAAAGAAGCUAGUUGAAAACGCUGUUGCAUUUUUCUGCAUCCUUAAUACAGAUCUGUGCUUUUGCAUCUUCAUUUAGUCUUGCAUCAUCUUAACUAGCAAUUUGAGAACCUCCGAUAAUGUAAAGGAAGUCUUAAGUUAUAACACAUAUAGGUUAAUUUUGAAGACUUGUUAAAUGAUCUGAAGUCACUGUAUGUGUUUUUGUUUAUACUGUGUACCAAGAAUUAUCUGGACCUAAUAUUGUUUUCUCAAAAGAAGUUACAAGACACAUUAAGCUUCAUCCGUGUUACUGCUUGCAAACAUCUUCUGCAGUCAGAUUCCCAUGAUUCAAUUCAGAGCACAAAUUCACAAGAAUCUGAGAGGUUUCAUUGUCUCUUCCCUGAGGAAAAACUGCCCUUGUGCCCACAAAAAUCACUAACUUCUCAUCUCCCACACUACACCAAGCAACUCAAGCUGAACAAAAGCAGCAUUAUUUAUUUAUAUUUUUUAAAUUAAAACUGCAACCUCAUCAUGUUUUAGAAAAAGCUGUGUCCCAAGCCACUACUACUUGCUGACAUAGGUUCUAACAACAGUGAAAAUGUAUAAAUAGUGAAUGGAUACAUUUCAGUUUUUCAACACACGGAAAUUCCACUGUGAAGUGCUCAAAUCUGACAUAGCUGGGCCUAUGUGUAACCAGCCCUGCAAAUGCUUCUGCUUUGCCAGCAGCUUCUCUUCAAAGUCUUGAAUGCACUGGAAGGCACAAACAAUUCUAAACAAUCACACUGAAAUAUUAACAAAAUACUUGACACUACUCGUUAUGCUGUGAAGGGAACUCAUAGUUCAGAACAUAAUAGGUACAACUGAGCUUAAGAGCCUCUCAAUAAACUUGCCCUGUCUGCCUCCAUAUAUUUCUAUAAUUCUUGUACUCCUGUUUUCACCACAAUUCAAUCAUACUAACAGCUUCUUGUUACUGCAAGAAAUGUUUCAGAUUUACGUCAGUCAUCAGUUAAGAAAAUAGCUGUUAAACCACUAAGUUACUCUUGUUAAUCAUACCAAUAUUAGCUUGUGGGCUCUUCAGAGAAGACAUUAGACUCACAUAAACCCCAUAGGGUUCUUUAUCCCUAACCACUGCAAAUCUUGAUUGUUAUAAAAUAAACUAUGUAGCACUUACAAGUAUUUUUGUGUAACUGUACACGUAAGCCCCAAGUCAAGUAAGUGAAAACGGAUAUUUUGCACAUACUUAAAUUAGAGAUGUCUGAACGAACAUUAGUUCACUUUUGUUUGUUUCGAGAAAGCCUGAUGCCAAACAUCUCAGGCAGCUGAAGUGCUAGGUUUGCAAGCUUCACCUGAAAUAACAGCACUCUACACUCUCUGUAACAAUGAACCUGAAUACUCAUAGCAAAGUGAAGUAAAGCAUAGACUGACUUAAACAGACAAAUAUUCCAGUCUCUGGAUUAAGUUUACAGAGAGAUUUUUUGCAGUUCUGCUCAUUAACUGUGAUACUUUCUUCUAAGAAAUAACAUAAAAUGUGUUAACACAAAUGUGUGUUAAUGCAUCAGUUAACACAGUUGUAUAAUCAAUGAAUAUUAAGGUUAUAAUUACAAAAUAAACGAGAGUUAGGCAAAGCAGAUUAUAAUAACAAAAAGAGAACAGAUUGAAAGCUUACCCAUAU